UCCGGCAAUAACCUUAAACCUUGUUGGUUGCUACCUCCAUUCUUACGAAGUUUCCGACAUGCAAAUUGCAAACACGAGCGUGUUUGCUUAAAAUCAUGGCUUCCAUCUUCAUAAUUUAGCCACAGGAAAAUGUCCUUGUCUUGCUGAAAGCUUCAUAGCGUAACCAUUUUUCAUGAUUUUUACAGAACAUGGCAUCGUCGUUGAUCCUCCGUGCUUCGCGUAGGUUUGUCAAACCUGCAUAUGCCGCAUCUCUUUUGAUCCCCACUCAGCAAUUCGUAAGCCAAAGCCCCACCACUCCAAGUCCCCCAUUCAAGCCAACUCAACUACAAAAUUUCAAUUUUGAGUUUCGUAAGAGUGUUGGGUGUGUCUCAAAUUUCCACCUUGUUGCGUACCUGUCUACGAGUCCUUCAAAGGAGGACAACAAGCAAAGUGGCAAUGUGAGUAGUAGUGGUGCAGGGGACACUUCUUGGAUUGACUUGUACUUGCCUAGGCAGGUUCAGCCCUAUGCUCGCCUUGCCCGCCUUGAUAAGCCAAUUGGGACAUGGUUGCUUCUAUGGCCUUGUAUGUGGUCAAUUUCCUUGGCUGCAACCCCGGGUCAGCUUCCCGAUUUUAAAAUGAUGGCUCUGUUUGGAUGUGGGGCUUUGCUUUUGAGAGGUGCAGGAUGUACUGUAAAUGAUCUCCUUGAUCGGGAUAUUGAUACAAUGGUGGAACGUACAAAGUUGAGACCAGUGGCAAGUGGUCUUUUGACACCAUUUCAAGGACUUUGUUUUCUUGGUUUUCAAUUACUUUUGGGUCUUGGAAUUCUUCUACAACUGAAUAAUUAUAGCCGUAUUUUGGGUGCCUCAUCCUUGUUGCUCGUCUUCUCAUAUCCUCUCAUGAAGAGGUUUACAUUUUGGCCUCAAGCCUAUCUUGGGUUGACCUUUAAUUGGGGGGCUUUGUUAGGAUGGGCAGCAGUUAAAGGAAGUCUGGAUCCAUCUGUUGUGCUGCCACUUUAUGCCUCUGGAGUAUUUUGGACUCUUGUGUAUGAUACUAUCUAUGCACAUCAGGAUAAAGAAGACGACCUGAAAGUGGGAGUUAAAUCAACAGCUUUGCGCUUUGGUGAUUCAACGAAGGAGUGGAUUUCUGGGUUUGGGAUUGCAUGCCUUGGUGGUCUUGCUGUUAGUGGAUUUAAUGCUGAAAUAGGCUGGCCAUAUUAUGCAUCUCUGGCAGCUGCAUCUGGACACUUAGGCUGGCAAAUAUGGACAGUUGACCUCUCAUCACGCGCGGAUUGCAAUAGGAAAUUUGUCUCAAACAAGUGGUUUGGAGCUAUCAUAUUUGGUGGAAUUCUAGCUGGAAGACUUUCAUCAUAGGCGUACAUUUUGCCUUAUAGAAAAUAUAUACACACGCACAUGAACAAUUUUUCUAACAUUGUGCGCAUACCGAAACUAACCGCCCUAGGAUGUUGUAUCUGAUUACAUUUAUUUUCUACAGAACAUGUUUUAUGAGCCAAUUAAUUUAUGGCUGAGCUUUAUUCAUUGUUUGUUGAAAGUUGAAACAUGUUAUUUUUGUAAUUUUUUUGGAUUAACCGUUGAAACACGGUUACUGACAUAAUAUUUUUGCAUUAGUUUCAUUGAAAUAAUUUUAGUAAUUGUAGAACUGAAACACUAAUCGCUAGUUAUUAUUA